GCAUUCUUUGCCAAAGCCACUUCAUAUUGCUACAAGGACUCGCAGUGAGACAGAGAAGGCAGUGCCUUUGUUGAUCAGCUGUCAAGUCUCUUGCCAGUGACAAUGCGGCUUAUCACUUUCCUGCUGUUGGGGUUUCUAAAGUUCUUACUGGCUCAGGACAGUGAUCCUUUCCAGUGGGUUUCUUCCCUGCACAGCUGUGGAUACGCCUCUCUGCAGGCCGACAACACCGGAGGAGAAUGUCCUGAGGAGUGUGACUGUCCUCCAACCUUCCCAAUCGCCAUGCACUGUGACAACCGCAACAUGAAACAAAUGCCUUACAUCCCAUCCCGGAUGAAAUAUGUGUACCUGCAACACAAUCAGAUCACCUCUGUUCCAGAUAAUGCUUUUGGAAAUGCCAGCAACCUUGUGUGGGUUAUGUUGCAUGAGAAUCAUAUUAACUCAGUGGGCAAGCAAGCGUUUGCUAAACUGGUGAACUUGGAUCGCCUGUACCUGAACAACAACAACCUAACCGAAGUGCCGUCCAACCUGCCUCGCUCACUACGUGACCUUCGUGUCAAUCACAAUACAAUCGCCAAGUUGCCCCCUAACGCUUUUGAGGGCAUGGAGAAUUUGACCAUACUUUUGCUCCAUAACAACGAUCUCCAGGAUAUUGGUGGUGGCCUGAAAGGUCUGAAGUCGUUAACUCUGCUGGAUGUGAGCAGUAACCAGCUCAAGAAGGUUCCUAAUGGUCUCCCUGAGAUGCUUCACCAGCUCUACCUCGAGUCCAACUCCAUCGAAGCAGUUCCAGAGAACUUCCUCAGCCAGUUCACCAACCUACAGUAUAUCCGAAUUUCUCACAAUGAUCUCACAAACAAAGGUAUCCCUCAAAACACUUUUAACAACAGCGGUCUGGUGGAGCUGGAUUUGUCCUUCAACAAGUUGGAGAGCAUUCCUGUUGUUAGUACUAAUCUGCAACAUCUUUAUCUACAGGCCAAUCAGAUCAAAGAGUUUACAUUGGGCAGUUUCUGCAGUGUGGUGGAUGUCAUGAACUUCUCCAAGCUGAGAGUCUUGAGGCUGGAAGGAAAUGAGAUCAGUGCUGGAGACAUGCCCUCUGAAGCUGCCCUAUGCCUCCGUCUGGCUACUGAUAUUGCAGUGUAAUGGCAGUGACCAAUCAGCAGGGGGCUCUUUUGUUUUCCUCUAACAUUAUUAUAUCAGAGUGGCAUGUCUUUGCAUUGAUGUACAUUUUUAUUGUAGGGAAAUUUAUAGUGCCUUGGGAUUUUGUAUGAGAGGAAUAUAAUUUCCUGUGGACUUUAGAGAGAAGUACAAAUACUGAAAUGGGGGGAAAAGGAAAUUGAGAGAUUUAGAUAGGAAAUGGAGAUCCUCUGUUAGGGUAUGUGAAGCUUUUUUCUUUUUCUUUUUCAAAAGCCACAUAGCCAUUCUAAUAAUGACUUUCUGUGCUUUUACUCUGUGUUUGUGUGCUUGUCUGUUGGUUAGAUGACACUGUUGGCAGCGCAAAAAUCAGCAUUGCAGUUUGCUGUUUGUGUGAUGCACAUUUGAUUUACUUUAGGUUUGUGGAUUCAUGUCUCUUCAGGAACAAGGCUGUAUUUAUUCUACAUGUGAGACAGAAGAGCUGAGAACAGAAAGAUCUUACUUGACUACAUCCAUCUAACUUGUAUAAUGUAUUAUCCUAUAUAAUAUCAGAAGA